CGUACACAAACAUGAAGUUCAAUUUAAUAGAAAACAUUAAGGCAAAAUACACUUGUGUAGCCAAAACUUUGACGGUUUGGUCAAAUAUAGCCACUUUUGGAGAAAUACCAAAAAUAGCCACUUCCGUCCAAUAGUUUGACAGUGUUACUUAACGUGCUGACUGGACUAACGAAUCAUCCGACGUGGCAAUUUUGGACCGUAUGUAAAUUCCACGUGGAAUUACAUUAAAAAAAGGAAACGAAAAGGGGUAAAAUCGUUUGGCCUUCAGUCACUUCUACCUUUUAAUUUCCCCCUUCCCCCGACGCUAGUUUCACCCAAACCCUCCUCUCCGUCGACGAUGAAUGGUGCUCACCUUCUCCGGAUCGGCGCUGGUAACCGCCUCCGCCGCCGACGAUUCCCUUUCCAAUCGAUGAUCCCACCACGAAAAGCAAAACCCAUUUCCCCCUCACCAGAGAAUCUCUCUCCCAUCCCACACACCAGCCUCCCUCCACCGAAUCGGCCAUGCAUCCGGCCGGUUCAUAGAUCCUCUGCUACCACGUUCCGGCGACGCGAUUCAGAGUUGGUGAGGUCAAUUUCUCGGAUCGAAACCCAAGAUUUCCCAAGAUGAAGUUUCCGGAAAAAACCAUAAUCCUCAAGCUUCGUGAUUUUUUAUUGGGGGCGAUUUCUAUUAUUGUUCCUUUCAUUCGAAGUGGAGACGCAGUUACGACGGAGGCCAACGACGUCGCGGAGCUGCGGCGACUGCGGCGGCGGCUGCGGAUGGCGAGUAACAGCGGAGGUAGGGACGGCGCGGAACGGGCGAGCCCAGAUCUGGAACUCCACUCCCCUGUCUACCCUCCCCAGAAUUUCAGCCGUCACCCAUCUCUACUCCAUACAAACUCUACUCACCCUUCUCCAUCUGUCGUCAAGCCUAGCCGCCGAGCCGGGAACGAAGGCUUCACCCUUCCUAAAGCAGAAUACGUGUGCACCAGAUCCUCGAAUCAUGGAUCUAGGUCGCCAAGCAAAUCGCGGUGGAGGAAUUCGAGGCGACGGCGAGCGAUUGCUACUUCGUGGAACAGAUCUGGAAGAUUCUCACCGAUAUUGAGGAUUUCCACCGCCUUCCCUAAUAUAGGAAAAUCGCAGCGACUCAAAUUUGUUGUAACUGACGAAUAUCUAGGCGGCGAGGGGUCUAGUUUGGGUAGGUGAUUGAGAAUGAUUUGCAGAGGGGUUGUAAUUGAUUUGUCGGCGACAGGCGUAGGGGUCGAGAGUUUAGGUGGGGAUUCGUUUAAGGGGUACAUGGGCUUGGCGGCGAUCGUCGGAGAGGAGGGCAUUGUGGCUGGGCAAAUCUGCAAAGUCCUGGUCGGCCACGAAUCGAUGGACUUCAGUCGCCGGCAGAAGCUUCAAUGGCCGGUAGGGGGCAAACCCUAAAAACGAAGGAGGAGUGCAUAAUUUUUAUUUUUAUUUUUUUAAUAUCUGACGUGUCAAUUUCAGCUUAUUUGGUGCUAACGUGUCCACUGAGUUGGCGCCUUGUCAGCGAACCGUCAAGAAAUUUAACGGUGUUAUUAACACUGUUAAAGAAUCUAACGGAAAUGGCUAUUUUUGUCAUACAACAAGUACUAAAUAUGGCUAUAAGUGGUAUUUCUCCAAAUCUGGCUAUUAUUGGCACAAACGCGAAAGUUUUGACUAUACAAGUGUAUUUUGCCAAACAUUAAUUCAUUGUUGAGAUUGGUCGAAACUUAUCAAAGUAUAUUUAACGGUCGGAUUGUCAAUAUAACUAUAUAAUAUUUUCAUGAAAUCUCGAAGUAUGUGUUUUUUAACUAAUUUUCUUCAUCCUAGUAAUAUACUGUUGUUUUACUUAUGCAAUGUGAGAUUGUCUCUAUAGUUUCAAAUAUAUAGUUUCUCAUAAAUAACCGUAGAUAUCAAAA